CACACACACACACACACACACACACACACACACACACACACACACACACACACACACACACACACACAGAUGUUGUGUGUUUGAGCAGGGUAGGGAACAGGACUUGGAACAGCUGGGACUUUAAGACCCAUCCUGUGUACCAGGGAGACCACAAUCUGAUCUUCUCCCCUUCUGGCAUCAUGGGUCAGAGCUUCAGCUUCUUCUCUUUGAAACACCACCCACCCAAACAAGAUCCCAUUGAUCAGAAGCACCAACCAGGAGUCUUCUCCAAGCUGGCGGCUGCUGCAAACAAGCCUGGAGAUUUCGUACAUCUCAUCAGCAACUGCAUCUCUGCUGCAUCGACCAGAACCCAGGAGUACCUCGCCUUUAAAGAUCUAGAGGAGAAGUUCCACCCGAGUCCUCGUGUGUUGAUUCAGGUCUUCCUGAUGACCUACAUCACUCAGAUCUUCAGCCUGAACGUGACCGACGCCUUCAGCUGCACGGUCACGACGCCCGAGCAGCGGGUCCUCCCGGGAGCUGACUGGGUUUGGGCCACGCUGGAGAAACCCUCCCAGAACCCAAAAAUACAAAUCGUUGUUCAGGUUCUCCACCUACCUGAGGGGGAGGAACCCGAGGAGACAGCAGAGGAAGCCAACAUGGAGGCCAUCAAGAUGGCCCAGAUGGAGCCUGGUGGGAUGAACCCCCAUGAGAAAACAGUUGACUUCCGCGCCUCUGUCGGGAAGGACUGCUUCGCCCUCUUCCUGCUCUUCGGGAAACAAGACGACCAGGAGAACAUCUACGGUGUCCGGAGCAAUAACUUUGAGGCGGCCAUUGCAAAAGGCAACAAGGUGGACAGGUGUUUGAUCGAGCACUUCUUCAAGGGUUCUAGCAGGUUCCACACACCUUUAGAAAUCAUGCAGGCGGUUUUCAGCAUCAAAACGAGCCGACCCCUCACCCUGAUCACCAAAUUCAGCUGAAGAGGCCAUUUUCAUCCUCUUGCAAAUCAGACAAGUUUUAUUAGGAAAAUCUGGGAAAUUGGGCACCUUUAAUCCCUUGCAGAUUAUACUCUCAUCAAACUGUUAAUCAGAUGGUUUUAUUUAUAUUUAAAUUUUUGGAGCUUAAACACGAUUUAGACAUUUGGGUUUAAUAACUAACCUUUGCUCAAAACACAAGUUCAGAACAUUUUAAAGGCUUUUAGCGCCCCCUAGUGUCCGUCUGUGGAGCCCAAAGCAAAACUUAUCUCCUUGUGUGUUUUUAAAGAUUAAAUUCCCAUAUUUGUCACAUACACCGGUGUGAUGUGGUGAAAACUGUUCUCCAUCCCCACGGGAGGCAGUGGGCUGCAGACCCGGCCGCACACGGGAACUAUUUGGUGGUUUAACCCCCCCAACGCAAGCCUUUAAAGCUGAGUUUCAAGUACGGAGGCAUUUGGUCCCAUUUUUAUAAAAUCUUUGGUACGACCCGACUGGGAUUUGAACCCCGACCUCCAUCCCCUUCCACACAGCUCAUGGAUCCCCGGAAGAAUGAAAAAAUGAACGUAAGUCAAUGGAGCUAAAAGAGCUAUCUUCUAAUCUGCUCUGCCUUACGCCCUGAUCACACAUAUGUACUGCUAUUUAAAUCGAAAGUAGUGAUGGGUGUUUCGACCACGCCAGUCACGUACUUUGAGAUUUAUUAGCUUGUAAAAGUUUGUAAUUAACACGACUAAAUCGGCACAUCGCAUAUAUGACAUCACCACAUAAUCUCCUCCCCCUAGCGUAGCUGCUACUUACCACAUGGCCAUACUUAUGGCGGUUCUUUCCUCCUGAAGAAAAGAUUAGCUGAACUUACAGCCCUUUUCCCUCAGUUUUCUCCGUGUCUGGUUCGAUGACGUCACUUUCGUGAAGCACAUUUGUAGUCCUGGACUUAUUAUCACACAAAGCCUAAAAUAUCGUCGUCGUCGUCCCCCCCAAUGGGAAAAAGAGGGCUUUCUUGGUAUCAAAUGCGUAUUUAAAAUUCACGGACAUCAUAUGUGAAAUCCAUGACACAUAGAAAGCAGAAUUAGAAAAUAGCGCAGCGGUGUCCAAUCCUGGUCCUCGAGGGCCGGUCUCCAGCACGUUUUCGUUUUAACCUGCUUCAACACACCUGAUUUCAAUCAGCAGGUGAUUAACAGGCUUCUGCAGAGCCUGAUGAGCUGCUGCACAGGUGAUUCAUUCAGCUAAUCAAGCAUGUUGAAGCAGAAAAACCACAAAACCUGCUGGUUAACGGCCCUCCAGGACCAGGAUUGGACACCCUUGAUAGCGUUUUUAGCCCCGUUGACUUGCGUUCAUUUUUUCGUUCUUCCAGGGAACCGUGGUCCGGAAGUUGGCGUGACUUAGGCUCCCUCGACCUCUAGGCCACUGUGAUGAUGAUGCCAUUUAAAAACUUAAUCUAACUGCUGAAAUGUUUCCCCAGCCUUCAUUAGUGUCUACAGAAGUGAUUCAUCACUAAAUUAUACCUAUCUGCUCAUGAUCUAAAACAAGCAGUGUUGGGCAAGUUACUUCAAAACUGUAAUGCAUUAUUUAUUACUUGUUACCCUCAUUUUAAAGUAAUUCAUUACUUACAAUAUUACUGAUUUUAAAAUGUAAGGCAUUACACUACUUUUGCAUUACUUUAAGUUACUUUCACCAAAACAACUUCAGUAUGAAUCUGGUCACGUGACGCUCAGCGAGCUCAUGACAUAUAUGUGGAAGGUGAUGUGGUGUCUGAGCUAGGGUUGCUGUUAAAACAGUCAGAUAUAAUAACAGUGCUUUAAAAUGAUUGUUUAUUAAAUAAAAGCAACAACAAUCUGUACUCUCAGCACGCUGCCAUCUUAUAGGGCCAUCUGAGCAGGGAGUGAGGUGGUGGGGGCUCCAAGCCUAUAUUUGCCUUGGUCCCCAAAUGCCUUGAUACGGCCCUGGAUGUGGGACUGACUUCUGGGGAGAUCUGAUUCUAUCACAUGUAUAAAUAUUAAAUGCUUAUAGAUUAUUUCUUUUCACUGGUAAAAAUGUGUAUUGGGGAUAAAUCUACCUACUUUUUUCUUUUUAAGCACUUUGUUUUGUUUUCUUGAUUUUAUGUGAAUAAUUUCCGGCCCUUUCUCUCUCUAACCUUCCUGCAUGCUGCAUGUUUUCUCCGUCUCCCAGAAAAACUGUUUCCUAGAUUUCCUAUUUUCUAACUAAUCAGCCAAAGGGAUCUACCGAACUAAAAAAAAAAAAAAAGCUUAAUAUGCGCUGCGCUCCAGCAGCAAUGAGCUGAAAUCACCGGGGCACAGAUGAUGAACUCAGCUGAAAAGUACAUGAAGUACCAGAGAAUAUGGGCUGAUAUAAACGAUCGCAAACGAAUUACUUUGUGUUGGUGGAGCGAUUUUGUGAAUAUAACAGCGGCCGUGCGCAGGACGCAGCUGGAGUAUUUGAGCCAUCACCGCUGUGUCCUCUCUGCUCAUAGAAUGCCCACAAAGCUGAGUCCAUAAAUGACGUCAUAUAUGUGGAUACUGAAUCUUUUUUCAGGCUUCCCGCAAUUUGAAUUUUUAGGAAACCCACAUCUUGAUUCUGGGAUUAAAAAUGCAUUGUAAUUACCGCGUUACUGACAACUGUACCGAGUAAAUAUGACCAUUUUCUUUCCCUGUAAUGCCUUACAUUACCACAUUACAGCAAAAAGCAAUGCAUUACAGUAAUUAAUUACUUUUGUACCGCGUUACUCCAAAGACUGAAAACAAGCUGGAAUGUCAGCGUCCCGCCAGUCUCACAGGGCCGACAGGGGCUGGGUGGCCUUUCAUUAACCCUGUAAAGCCGGGGUCCUCAGCAAAAUUUGUUCAAGGGCCGAAGUUUCUCCUGGCUGACACCGCGAGGGCCAAAUGCUCUAAGAUAAAGUUCAAGUGUUAUUGUAUCUUAAUUUAUUAAUAUUUAAAAUGGAUUUGUCUUCCAUCUAAACUGUUUUGAUUAUAAUUUUAAUGCACCGGAGAAUGUAAACAAUUAACUGUAUUUGGGACAGGAAUUCUGUUGUUAAACUUUAAGGUCGUCCAAUUCGGGGGUGUUAUGGCCCAAAGGGUUGGGGGGCAGGGAGGAAAGUUCUGGCGGGCCGGAUGUGGCCCGCGGGCCGCCACUUGAGGUUUACUGCUGUAAAGGGUCAUUUUAGCACAUACUGGCUCAAGGAAUGAUUUCGACAUAUGGAAAUUUGCAAAGCAUCCCUUUAAAUGUAUACAGAAUUUUUUGUACUAACAGUAAAAAUUUAAUAAAAGUUAAUUCAACUGCUU